AAACUCUGACCCUCCACUUGCCUUGUCUGGGACCUGUAAGCUGUUGGACCUGAGCAACAACCACCUGCAUCCUCUGCAUCCUAAUUACACUUGCUAUGAAGGAAAAAACUAUACUCCAAACUGUUGUUGUGCGUGAGUUUGAGGCGGCAGACAAACCAGAGAUACAGCGGAUCUUUUAUGAAGGGCUGAUGGAAAUGGUAGCAGACACCGCCUUCAGAGGUUUGAGACAUCAUCCUGAGAGUCUCCUGCUCUAUACUGCUAUGACAGCUGCAUGUUUUGCCAUCACCAUGUGUUGGUGGGUGAUAGGACUCCUCCCUAUAAUUGUGCUGUGUGGACGCUACUUCUACAGCAGACGUGUGAUCCAUGGUUACCUGGAGCAGGCCAUGAGCAGAGACAUGGGAGACAUGGAAGGGUUUUACAAGAAAUCCCCAGAUUCCUGUCUGUGGGUAGCAGUGCUGGACGGCAAAGUGGUGGGUAUCGUAGCAGCACUCGGCCGGCAGAAGUCAGAAGGUGUUGUCGAGUUGCAUCGGAUGUCUGUCGAGCGGAGCUGUCGGCAGUGUGGAAUCGGUGUGGUGCUGGGACAGAAGGUUCUAGAGUUUGCUGUCAUUCACGGAUACUCCUUUGUUGUCCUGGGAACCACAGCGUACAUGCCCGCCGCCCACAAGCUCUACCAGCGUCUGGGUUUUCGCUGUGUGGGGGUCAGCAACGGGUACGUCACACCUGGUGCGAGAUUGUCCUUAAUGGAACAAAUUUUCUUCAGGGUCCGCCAUCAUCACUACAGCCUCGAUGUGCAAAAUAGCAAGAUCACUUCAUGUGGACAACACUGACUUAGUGGGAGUGCAGAUGACUAAACUGAAGUGAAGCUUUAUUAGGCCUACUAUAUGUGUUGCAAGGGUUACCAAUGAGGGGGAAACUACUGGGAAAGGAGACACAAUUACUGACAAAUAGGGCAAAACUAGGAAUUGGGCAAAACUAAGCAAAAGUAAGGGCAAAACAAAUAGACAUAGUUAGGGCAAAACACUAAGUACAAUUAACCAGGUUCAACUUUACUAUAUUUUAAAAUUCCAUUUAAAACCGUGAACUUACUCACCACCACUGAGAUGGGACAUUAGGGGAACAAAAAUCACCUUCCCAGGGCAGGAGGGGCAACAAGAGUUAGUGAUGUUACGUUCUGUGCUGAGGCUUCGAAGCGUGUCAAGAAAUCCCGGAUGUUUCCGCGAAGCGCGUAUCGAGGCUUGUAUCGUUUUAGACAAAUGACGUCAUUGAUGACAUCCGAAGCCUCGCUGCCCGUCCGUACUGUGUGACUGGUUUAUGAAGUGGUUCGAAUCUACACCGGUUUUAUUACACAUCCAUGAUCUACACAAGCACAUUUACUGCCCUCGCCCUGGUCAAACCACUGGCACUUUACAGUUUUAGAAUAGCCUACUAAUAUUGCCCCUUCUGCUAAUAUAUUAUGACCGUAUUUGAUAGCCGCAUUCCUCUCAAGGAAAUCUGUUCAUUAUACAGUUAUGUUGAUUAUAUUAUACCAAAGGAAAAUACACACUAUAUUGAUAUUAAUGGAUUAGGUGGAAAUUGUAUAUUUAUUUCUAAU